CCUUGCGCUUAGUUUCUUUUUACGUCAUUAAUGCGACGUUUUGCAGCUAAACAAACCAAACAUAGGCUGGACAAUGGAGCUGGAGAAUCCAAAGGAAGAACCUUCUGCAGCACAAGCUUCACCCACACCAUCCUCUAAGACCAAACGGCCAAGUCAGCCCCUGUACACCCACAAACAGCGUCUCCAGUCCUCCAAAGACAAAGCCCAACCACAGGGAGAUGGUAAACCAAAAACCCGGCCUAGAUACACCGACAAAGCCCGGAAGAAUGCGAGAAACAAGAAGAGCCAGGCUGGAGCAUCAGAGAACACUGCAUCUGGAGAAGGAGAGAGUACGGUCGAUGCACAUAAUGACAAGGAAAACACAGAGAGGCUACAGGGUACAGUAACCCAAAGCGAUGAUCAGCUUGAGGAGACAGAUGUGAAAGCAGAUGUUACAUCAUGGCUGGAGGAAACCACAGCUCAGGGAGAAAAUGGAGAAGAAGAAAGUUGGGACACAAUGUUCAAUGACGAUGGAGAGUGUCUGGAUCCACACCUGCUUGAAGAGCUUUCAAUAAAGGAUGGAAAAGUGAAAACGUCGAUCCAAGACUCCAGAUUUGAUUACUACAAUAUGAACCGAGAUUAUGACGAUGACAUCGACCUCACGGAGGAUGAGAUGUCCCACAUUGUUGAGAUUUAUGACUUUCCCUCCGAAUUCAAGACAGAAGACCUGCUGAAAUUAUUUCACACCAACCAACAGAGAGGCUUAGACAUUAAGUGGAUUGAUGAAACGCAAGCUCUCGGCCUCUUCUCAAGCCCUUUAGCAGCUCGGGAAGCACUUAGAUCUAAACACCCACUAAUGAAAGUCCGCCCAUUGUCCAAAUCAUCCUCCGCCACAAAGGCCAAAGCCAGAAGUUGCUCUGACUACCUCCUACCUGUCAAGGAGAGACCUCAGACCAGUGCAGCCCUAGCUCGUAAGCUUGUGAUUGGUGCUCUGGGAGUGAAGAGCAACUUGACAAAAGAACAGCGAGAGGCAGAAAGGAAGAAACUCCAAGAGGCCAGAGAGCAAAAACGUCUCGCAGCCAAACAAAGGGAAGACGCUUGGGAUGGAAAGUGACUGAAGAGAAAACUACCCCCUGUUUCUUCUAUAAACCCGAGGCUCCUCCUGCUUUUUUUCUCAACAAACCUUCAGUUCUUCCCAAAACAGGAUUCCCACACUUUUCUUCAUUUUUCUGUUGCUUUUGUUUACCGAUUUUCCUCCAACCAUCCCAGAAAUUACUGAUCUGGGCCGUACUUGGAGAAUCAAAGUUGGAGGUUGUCCUUCUAGUAAAACACUGAAUAUCAUCCAGAACAAACUGUUGUAGUGAUUUUAAAUUAGGACUUAAAUGUGUAUUUGUGUCAUACUUUUUAUUCAGGGAUUAAUAUUUUGACCUGCCGCAUAAGUGAGUCUGUGUUUAAGUUGAAAAUCAAUAUUAAAACACAAUGUUUACACCCAUCUGCAACUUCAUCUAUACCAAGGGUAAGCAAACUUUUUGACACACAGGGCACAAUGGGUUCUAACAUUUGACAGAAGGGCUGGGCUGAUGCAUUUUGCAUCGCUAAGACAGGAACAUCUAUUUGACGUCUGUAUCACAAUGCAAUUCAACAUUAUUGAUUUUAUAAUGGUAUUAUAAAAUGUUUAAUUUAUUGCUUAAAUUUGCUUUAAAAAGUACAGUUUAUGAUCAUUUGUGCCAAUUCAGGAGGAGGCUUCCAGGUCAUAGUAUGUACUCGAUGUACUAAAUCAGGAGUUUCCAAUGUAAACAUGUUAAAGCCUAUGAUUAUAAUUUAGAUGAAGAGUGUCUGUGUUUAAAUGGUAGCUGAUUUUAAAUGAAAGGUCAUAGAUCCCUAUAGUCACAGCUGUCCCACUAUACUCUAUAGUACCAUCUUGGCUAUGAUUCCUAUGACAUGUGACUAAAAGCAAACAUGGACUAGAUUUUAUGCUGUCGGUGCCAGAAGUGGACCUCCAUGGACGCUGUAGGAAAAGCAGUGGUAGAGACCUCGACCUGAAGUGUCUCUUUACUGUCGCUGUGGGAGAUCUGAGCCAUGCCCAUAAUGUCAUGCUUUACAAGUCCCAUCUACACACCCACUAGAUUAAUUUAGAAGAUUAACACAAACACUAACCACUACCAAGCUGAUUCAAGUACCAACUGCACUGCUUUGCUAUACAGCACAAGGCACUAUCCAAAUAAAAACUAGGUCCCACCACAAUAAAGGACUUUGGGUUUUCCAAGUGCUUUUUUCUAUCACUAUCAAACAGACAGCCAAGAUACACGGUCUUUUCCUAUAGUAAAAAUAAUAUCUGAUGUUACAACUCUUUUGUCAUUGCUGGAUCACAUACAAACUGAUCAAAGCUAGAAACAUAGUGACUUGUGCAUUAUUCUCUAGAUUUAAAGCACUGGUUCGUAUCAAAAAUGUGGUUAAUGUGUGUGGGUAAAGGAAUUUUGACAAAUAUAAUUUUUAUUUUACAGUAUUGGGAGUAAAGGCAGUCCUAUGUGCUUCUUUUAUAGGCCCAGUUUUAAGAUGACACAGGGCAGCACAGGCCUUGAUAGUGCUGUGAAAAUUUCCAUUUUGUAAUAUACAUUUGUUCAUGUGUGCCAAAGGAAAUGGCUUGGAAACUACAGUAAAACAAGGGUCAGUUCAGACCCUGGAAAAGAAAGGAAGUCUCAGUCAUUCAUUUUAUAAGUACUGCUUAUUAAAAUUUGUUGGUGACUG